AUGGUCUCGGGCACCCACCUCACGCGCUACUGGGCCGCGACCAUCAUCAUCAUCUGCAUCCUGUACUGGUCUCUCCAUGCCACCCGGGUCAACGUGUGGUCACACCUGCCGCGACCGAAAACGGCUCAGGCCAACGGCAACGGCGACGACGACAGCAACCUCGGCAUUCCAAUCUCACGGCCGCGGGUCGAGUUGGACGAGGUGGACGAAAGCCAGCAUCUUGCACAGGCACUGGAGUCGACGUUCGUGCCUUCGCAGGAGUUUCCGUCCAGGUUUCCCCGGAUCGUGUGGCAGACGGCCAGCGAGCAGGGGAGAGAACGGUACGCCGACAAGGCGGAGACGUGGAAGAAGGUGCAGGGGUUUCAGUAUAAUUUCUUGAGUGACGACGAAGCCGACCAAUUCGUCCAUGACAGCUUCGCCUCUCGACCGGGCAUCGUGCACUUCUGGGACGAGCUGGCGGUGCCGGUGCUCAGGGCCGACUUUCUCCGCUACCUGGUGAUGCUGGCGGCGGGCGGGGUGUACAGCGACAUCGACACGUCGAUGCUGGUGCACCCGGACCGCUGGAUCCCCAUCGACCUCGGGGCCAACACGGUCAACGCGAUCGUCGGCAUCGAGUACGACGACCACACGUACCCGAUGUUCGUGCGGCCCAUCGGCCUGUGCCAGUGGACGUUGAUGUCCAAGCCCGGCCACCCGAUCUUCGAGCUGGCCGUCCAGCGCGUCAUGAGCAACCUGGAGUUCAUCGCCCGCCGCCGACGCGUCACCAUGGCCGACCUGACCCUCGACAAGGGCGAGGUGCUGGAAGCCACGGGGCCCGGCAUGAUCACCGACGUCGUGCUGCAGGUGCUGCGCGACCAGGGCCAGAACGUCACCUGGGACUCGUUUCACGAGCAGAAGGAGCCCAAGCUCUACGGCGACGUCUUGAUCCUGCCCAUCAACGGCUUCGCCGGGAAUCAGAAACACAGCCAUGCGGGGGAUCCUGCCUAUGGCGAGAAAUAUGUCCAGCAUCAUUUCGGCCGGAGCUGGUAUGCCCCGCAAGCUGCAGGGGGGCCUGCCGAACAGCACAAGCCAGAGGCAAAGGCAGAGGCAAAGGCAGAGUCAGAGCCAAAACCAGAUUCGAAGCCAGAUUCGAAGGCAGAGUCAGAGCCCGAGAAGAAGGAGAAGGAGAAGGAAAUAGAGAAAGAAAAGGAGAAAGAGAAAGAGAAGGAGAAACAAUCUUGA